AUGGCCUCUGCCAGCACAGUGCCGCUUCUCUCUGACCCCAGGUACAUGUUGCAUUGGCAGGGCAUGCUGGAGCUGGCAGACUUGCCCCUGCAGAAGGGUUCUGUGGAGCUCCUCAAGCAGAGAUGGGAGUCCGCCAAUGCUACGAGACCUGGCCCGAUGCUCCGGUGCUCACCAGCCUCACGGUCCCUGGUGCCGGAAAAGAUCAGCUACAGCAGCACUGUGCAGAAAGUGCCAGCAGACAGCAGGAGGGCAGAUGUGUUCAAGGAGGAGAUCCUAGGUGGCCCUCAGCAGAUUGAGCACUUCCCUUUCACCGUGGAGGAGCUGCGGAGCCACUUCGAGGCCCUGGGCGGCAAGAAGGAAACAGAAAGUGAGAGAAGUUCACUUUCAUCAACAUCGAAGAGUCAGCCUGAGAGCCACUCUGUCAUUUCUCUGAAGGAGUCUAGUGUGAAAAGAGGGAGAACAAUCUUUGAAAGGAUGUCAUCAGAAAAUGGCCACAGCAACAGCUCUGAAGUGCGUUCUCGCAAACCUGUAAGAGGACUACCUAAGGAGAGCACUCCCAGGGCUGAUAACACACCAUUGGAUUUCCAGGAGACUGUCUCCUUGAAAGAAAGAAUGGCUAAGUACAAGGCUGCUGUGUCCGAGAGAGAGAGUAGCAACACCUUCGCUCAUACUUCAGAGAAAACCAAGUUCUGUACUGUGCCUGGUGGCCUGGCAGCAGUGAGGAAACAAUUUGAGAAAGUGCAGAUGACCUCUUCACAAAAGACCUUUGCUCAGUACCAGCACCAGCACAAAUCUGUACAGGUUUCUCAUCGCAAGCAAGUUACUCAUGAGAUAAACAUGGCUCCUACAUUCAGUCAGCAUACUGAUGAAACAGUAAUCAAUGCAGCUCAGAACGAAGAGCUCCCAAAGACUGUAACACAGAUUUUAAACCAGCAGAUUGAAAGGACAGCUCAAGAAAAGGCUGUUCACUCUGACAGAGACACUGCAACAUCUGCAAAAGAAGUAAAGAAACUGCAGAUUCAGGAAAAUGAAACAUGCAGACUCUGUCAACAGAGAGUUUACCCAAUGGAAUGCCUAGUUGCCGACAAGCAGAAUUUUCAUAAAUCAUGUUUCCGAUGUCACCACUGUGGCAGUCAAUUAAGCUUGGGAAAUUAUGCAUCUCUCCAUGGAAAAAUAUAUUGUAAACCCCAUUUUAAGCAACUUUUCAAAUCAAAAGGAAAUUAUGAUGAAGGUUUUGGACACAAGCAGCAUAAAGAAUUAUGGAAUUCUAAAGAUCAGUGUAGCUCAGUUGGCAAUAUUCAUGCUGAAGAAACAAAUCCCAUUAAUAGUAUACCUGUUGAUCCUAAACCAAUUACAGAAAUUGAUCAAGACUUGUACGCAGGUACUGAAGGUACUCAUCUUGAUAUUUUGGAUAAUAAUUUGAAAAAAUCCAGAGAAAGAGGUAAAUUAAAGAUGACCUGGCCUCCUUCAACAGAUGAUGCAACACCUAAGAAAACAUUUUCUAUUGAAGAAGUGGCUAAAGUAAAUAAGCCAAAGUGGCCCCCAGAAGCAAAGAAAAAUGAAGCAGGCAAUAAGGGAAAAGAUGAGGACGCUGGGAACGUGCAAGAUAAGCUGACUAAAACAAGAGGAUCACAGAACAGGGAGGAAAGUGGAAAGGAUAUUAAUGAAGGUGGUAAUGUGAUUGUGCACAGUGCUGGGAAAGAGCAAGAGAAAAAAAUUAAUGAAACCGAUGAUUCAGAAGUUGUACAGGUCACUAACAUUGACGAUGUAACAGUACAAAAGAAUCACAAAGAAUUCAGCUUGAAUAACAAUAACAAUAAUGGCACUUUUUCACACCUAAACAUUUGUAGGCAGGAAACAACUCUCUCAGCUAUGUCUAACCCAAUGAUGGGCAUGAAGUCAUGCAAUUUGCACUGUACUGCAGCAUGCCUUUGCAAAGCUGGAAGAUCGUUUCUUAAAAAAGACAACCUGGUUUUAGACUGUGGUCUAACAGACUCUGUGGAUGUAACUAAAAAUUCCUGCAGCCCAUAUUCAAAAGAACAUGGGAAGUAUGAUACAGAACUGAAUUAUAUUAAUGCCUGUCAAGAAAGUGAAAUAAUCAAAGUGUCAAAGAAUGACAUAAACACAAGCUUAGAUUUACUGAGCUCCAGACAUACGGCUGUUCCAUCACUCCAAG